CAACCUCAGCACACCGGAAGGCCGAAGCUAAACCCCGGACCAUGGACGCGAACGUUUGUCGUCUCCGGCCUCUGGUGCGACUGUUUAUAUCUUCACCGUGUUCUCGACAUCUGCAAGCACAUAGACUCUUCUCUUCAUCCUCCGACGACCAGAGCUGCCGGAGUCGUUCGUUAUUCUUCGGUGAUUCGGAAAAACGGAGCAGAGGAAGUGAUGUCUACCGGCACACUCUCAAAACGCAACGUCCUCCCACAAUUCGGUGGCAAAAGGAGUUGGAAAAUCACGCCAGCUUCAUUGGCCGAGUCAAUUCCCCUCUUAAAAAGUUCACCACGAAUGGCGGAUUACUCUGUGCUCAUACUCGCCUCAAAGUCGAGUCUCCAUCGGGCUCAAACAGGUUUCUUAUGAUAUUCUUGGAUAUGUGGGAAGAUAUGGCAGAGUUAUGUAUCCAACAUCUAAAACCAAAUGACUAUAUAUAUGUUUCAGGGUAUCUACGAUCAUUUACACUAGCUUCUAAUAAUGGAAACAUCAUAUUGCUACCAAAGGUUAUUGUGAAAGAAAUAAAUUAUGUUGCAAGUAACAAUAAAAAUACCAAGAAUAUUAUACAAGAUUCUGGGGAAUCAAUUCUAGAAAAACACAGAAAACGUCUUCAUUUGUGGCAAGUAUUCUUCACAAAUCCAUAUGAAUGGCGAGAUUUAAGAAAAUCCAAGAUCAAUCCAAGACAACCGGAUUUUAAGCACAGGAGUUCGGGUGAAGCCCUGUGGCUUAAACCAUGUGAUCCACCAUGGGUUAUGAGACAGCUACGGCUGCAGGAUUCUAGAAUGGGUGGCAUCCGCCUUGGAGAACGUUUAAGCCACCGUUCAUCUCUUUUCCCAUUAAGUUAUGAUGACAGUUGAAGAGUUUAGCAAUUUCUGUAUAUAUUUCUUUGGAAUGUGUAUUUUUUAUUUAAUUUUAAAUGAAACGGCUAAUAUAAA